AUGCUAAAAAAUUAUUGGCAUUUUAGGAAAAACAAUAGUUUUUUCUGUAGUUUUAAUAAAAUAUUGAUUCAAAUUGAAAAACGAAAUAUUUCGUCUGUGAACAUUAAUCGUCGGUUAUUAGAAUGGAAGACCGAAAAAAAAAGACAAAGUGAAAUAAUUUCAAACUCAAAUAAUGAUACAAAAGACAUAGAUAUUCUCGUCGAUGGUACACUGAGAAAAGGGUUAUCGGGAAUCACAACACCAUAUGAAUGUGCCAAGGGUAUUUCACACAAGUUAGCUGAUAAUUCAAUUAUAGCUUUAGUGAAUUCCAAAGAUCUUUAUGAGAUGAAUCGACCACUUUAUGAUUCUUGUUCCUUGAAUUUUUUGCCAUUUUCAGUAAGCAAUACUUUAACCACAGAAGUUUUUUGGCAUUCAACUGCCCAUGUGAUAGGGUCAGCUCUUGAAAUAAAAUAUGGAGACGAUGUGUUAUUAUGUGAUGGUCCACCUUUAAAACAAGGAGGUUUUCCAGAAAAAGAUUUACAAGAUAUUCUUAAAAUUAUGAAAGAAUGUGUUGCAAGGAAACAUCCCUUUGAAAGAAUGCAAGUUACCAAAAAUUUUGCACGUGAAUUAUUUUUCACAAAUCCUUUUAAAUUACAUUAUAUAUCACAAAUUCCUGAAAAUGAAUCAAUUAUUAUUUAUAAAUGUGGUUCUUUUAUUGACCUUUGCCGUGGACCACAUAUUCCUCAUACCGGAUUUAUUCGUACUAUUGAAUUAUCGAAAUACGCGACUGCAUAUUGGAAACCUGACUUAGCGUAUGAUAAAAAUUCACCACAAUCUAUUAAUAGAAUUUAUGGAAUAUCAUUUGCUAAUACUAAUGAAUUUAAUAAUUGGAAAAAAGAUCAAGAAGAAGCGCAAAAACGUGAUCAUAGACUAAUAGGAAAAUUUCAACAAUUAUAUUUAAUUCAUCAUUUGAGUCCUGGUUCCGUAUUUAUGCUUCCUCAUGGAACUCGUAUAUUUCAAAAAUUACAAAAUUAUAUUCGUCUUAAAUAUAGAGAAUUUGGAUUUGAGGAAGUAAUGACACCAAUGAUAUACAAAAAGGAUUUAUGGGAAAUGUCAGGACAUUGGCAAAAUUAUAAAAAUGAAAUGUUUACUGUUGAUUAUGGUGAAAAUUUUGAGAUAAAAAAUGAAAAAGAUGAAAUAUUCGGAUUAAAGCCGAUGAAUUGUCCAGGACAUUGUUUAAUUUUUGAUAAUUCUCCUAAAUCUUAUCGUGAUUUACCAGUAAGAAUUGCUGAUUUUGGUUCAUUACACAGAAAUGAAAUUUCGGGUAAUUUAACUGGUCUCACCCGGGUUCGUCAAUUCCAUCAAGAUGAUGCACACAUUUUUUGCAGAAAGUCACAAAUUUUUGAUGAAAUAAUAUCUACAUUAUCUUUUGUUGAUCAUGUAUAUAAUGAUUUAAAAUUUCCCAAUUAUCAAUUUUUAUUAUCUACUAGACAUGAAACUCAAUAUAUUGGAGAUAUUUCAGAAUGGGAAAUCGCAGAAGAAUCACUGAAAAAAGCAUUAGAAGCAUCAGGAAAGAAUUGGAUAAUUAAUCCAGGAGAUGCGGCAUUUUAUGGACCAAAGAUAGAUAUAACAAUUAAGGAUGCUUUUCAACGAAUGCAUCAAACAGCCACCAUACAGUUAGAUUUUCAACUUCCACAAAGAUUUAAAUUAAAAUAUAUUGAUGAAAAUAGUACAGAACAAACACCUAUAAUAAUACAUAGAGCCAUUUUAGGAUCAAUUGAAAGAAUGAUGGCAAUUCUCAUUGAAAAUACGGGAGGAAAAUGGCCAUUUUGGUUGAAUCCUCGACAGGUUAUCGUUAUUCCAGUUAGUCCUAAAUUUUCUGACUAUGCACAAAAAGAAAAAGAUACUCAAACUGUUAAUGUUCGACCACGAGAUGACAAAAAUUUAGGUAACAUGACAAUAGAUCAAUUAUUGAUGCAUUUUGAGAGAUUAAACCAACAAUAUUUAUGA